UUCUUAACUUCCAGUAUUUUUUUCCGAUUAAUCAUCCAUGGUUUUGCAGUAGAGUAAAAAUAGUGGAAUAUGGAAAUUUUUCGCCAGAAAAUACACAAUUAAUGUUUCAAACAUGGUGUAGAAGUAUAAGAGCACAACGGGACAGUACAGUGAACUUAACACAUUCUCUGAUAGCUACCCCCAGCAGAGGGUAGUCGUUGGCGUAUUGUGACGAGGAGCCAAGAGUGAUCGAAGGGGACAGGAAGAAAGGCAGGAACGAAAAACAAAGAAAGUAAUCAUGGCAGAUAUGAUGCGAAUGAGUGGAAGCGGUGCACUGGGAGGAUUCCAGCGGGAUAAGCUUGGAUCUCCAUCCACCGGCUCCGAGGACGGCGGAGGAAUCGAUCUCGGUGACAUCGCUCAAGAAUUGGAUCAGGAUGAAUUUGACGGUCCCGUGGCGUUCAAUGGAGAUCGUCCAGCAAUUACUGCUCCUCCCGAGAGCGAGUGGUACCAUGGCCGGCUAGAUAGAUUUAGUGCAGAACAACGAUUGAAAUCUGCCUCCAGACUUGGAAGCUAUUUAGUCAGAGAAAGUGAUAGAAAACCAGGAUCGUACGUGCUGAGUUACUACGGACGGACUGGUAUAAAUCAUUUUCGUAUUACUGCGGUCUGUGGUGAUUUCUACAUCGGAGGACGACAAUUCUUUUCGCUGAGCGAUUUGGUCGGCUAUUACACGUCGUGCAGCGAUUUGCUGAAACGGGAGCGACUUGUAUGUCCAGUGCCUCCACCGGAACCAGUUAACGACAAGAAGCGAGUUGUAGCCAUUCUUCCUUACACUAAAAUGCCGGAUACAGACGAACUCACCUUCCAAAAGGGUGAUAUCUUCUUUGUGCACAACGAUAUGGGUGAUAAUUGGCUGUGGGUUACAGCGCAUCGUACCGGUGAACAAGGAAUGAUCUUUCGUGAGUUGGUCGAAGAUCUCGAUCCAAGCAUUGAUCCAAAUACGGUAUUUUCCUGGUUUCAUCCAACCUGUUCAAAGAAUGAAGCCGUCGAUAUGCUGGUUAAAGCUGGGCCUGGAAGUUUCCUAGUGCGGCCAAGUGACAAUUCACCAGGUGAUUACUCCUUGUUCUUCCACAUUAACAAUCAGAUACAACGUUUCCGCAUCGAAAAGAAGGGCGUUCGUUAUUUAAUGGGUGGGAGGACUUUCGAAUGUUUGGAUGCGGUUAUCAACCGUUAUCGUAAAGAACAAAUCGUAGAAGGACAUACAUUGAUGCAUGCUGUUAUCAAUGGAAGCCAACCGGAGUAUCAUCCGCCGUCUAAUGUUGCCAGUGCUGCGGAGAAAAUCUAUGCUACCUUACGUGAGUGCCGUGAUCAAAACAUUCUAAAGAAAACCAAGGGCAUUAAGCAUCAUGGAUAUCUGCUGAAGAAAUCUGAUAAAACCGCCAAGUGGAAGCAACUGUAUUUUGCCUUGCUAGUAGAAGGUUCGGAAACCCAUCUAUGCUUCUACGAUAAUCCGAAGAAAACUAAACCAAAAGGCUUGAUUGACCUCUCGUGUGCUUAUCUUUACCAGUGCCAUGAAUCGUUUUGGGAGAGGCAACAUUGCUUUCAGAUCGUAGAACGUGCGCUUCCGUGCCUAGCAACGAUAUCCUAUCUUUGUGCCAACAGCCAGGAGAGUUAUGUUGAAUGGGUCAACGCGCUAAAGUCACAUUGCGUUUCCCAGCUCAGCAAAGCUCAGUCCAAAGUUCCGCGUUUGCGCGAGUUGCGCUGCUUGAAUCUGCAGAUACUCGAAGCUCACCGUUUGCCAUUCAAACUGGUUCCGCAUCCGUACUGCGUCGUUUCGCUGAAUCAGGUCAAGGUGGGUAAAACCCGCGUCAAAACAGCACCGGAUCCAGUGUGGGAAGAGGAGUUCGUUCUUGAUGAUGUUCCGCCGGACGUAGUGACAAUUACAAUCACCGUACUCAGUAAGGGUAAACGUGGUAAGGAUUCCGAGGUAGCCGAAUUGACUGUUGACCUGUGUGGAUUGAAGAAUGGUCAAGAAACGGAAGAAUGGUAUCCACUGAUCGGGAUGACACCGAUGGGCGAGUGGGGAUCCAUUCGGCUUCGUAUACGAUAUUUGGAUGACUUGGUUAUGCCCUGCGAUGAAUAUAGUCCCCUUCAGCAGCUCCUGGUAGAACCGGAACUAAAUGCAGUGCGUGCGUUGGCCGAAAUCUGCCAUAACGAUCGUAUUCCGUUGGCUACAUCUCUGUUGAAAGUUUUCCGCCACGAAAAACGUGAAACUGAACUGCUGAGAAUACUGUGUCAAACGGAAGUUGCUCGGGAAAAUGAAACCACUACACUGUUUCGCGGUGCUUCCCUUGCGACAACUCUCAUGGAUCUCUACAUGCGUGCUGAGUGUACCGUUUUUCUACAAUCCGCCGUAUCUGACACAAUCCAAAGAAUACUCGACAGCAAGCAAUCAGGAGAACUGAAUCCAACAAAGAUGGAUGUGAACGAUGACGCUUGCUCAAAUGCUGAAUUUCUGUUGAUGAUUUUGGAUCAGGUCACACAAUCGAUUUUCACCUCGCCUGAUGCCUGUCCUCGUACUGUGCGGUACAUUUGCAAUUGUCUUCAGAAGGCAGUGGUAGCCAAGUGGCCAUCGCCAAACGAGCGUCUAGUGCGUACUCGUGUAGUAUCUGGAUUCAUCUUUCUACGUUUGCUUUGCCCUGCUUUGCUCAACCCCCGUCAAUUUGGUCUAGUCAGCGAAACUCCUCAUCAGAUGGCAACUCGCACGCUCAUAAUGGUGGCAAAAUGUCUACAAAAUCUGGCCAACCUUGUGGAAUUUGGUGGAAAAGAACCAUACAUGGAAGUAGUCAAUCCAUUCAUACUGAAGAACAAGGAAAGGAUGAUAGUUUUCUUGGAUCAGUUAUCCUCCGUCACUGAUCCAAAUCCUCCACCGGGAUGCAUGGUCGAACAAAACAGCUCAUGCACGCUCUCUAGCUCCGAUGCCGGACGUGAACUUGCGACAUUGCAUCACAUCUGCGUUUCGUACCUUCCGGAAUUGCAAUCGAUGAGUAAGACUAACAAUUCGCUCAAAAAACUGGUCACUGUCACGGAGAUGCUUUCGAAGCACAAACUCAAAUACCGUGAGAUGAUUAGUUAAUUUGUUGGCGUAGGUACGGUCUUUUCCAAAUGAAUUUACAUGAAACAAUUAAAGAAA